AGCGUAGAUUAUUGGAUGUGGGCGGGGCUUCAGCCGUCACCGGAGAUAAACACUCGCAGGACUCCAGUCCACAUCAGUUUUGGUCGCAAACUUUCAAUGAGGGCAAAGCAGACUGUCGUUGGGAGCCACAGACCGCGAGUGUGCGGUGCUGUCUCUUUAAACCCGCCCGGUGUGAAAAGUUCAGUCAAGAGGGCGGUGAGGAGGAGAGUUCUGCGCGGUUUGCUGCAGAGAUCAGCGUCUCUUAUCGCGAGCGCAGCGCGGCAGAUGGCUGGCGACGGCGGCGAGGCCAAACGUCUCCCAAAGAGACCGUUUCACGGUGAAGUCGAGGAGAGCUCCAGCGCGAGCACUGAUCAAACCGUCAAGAUUCAGCCCGGGAAAAAGACUCCGGUUGAACGGCGCGGUAAAGAGAACUCUGCCGUCAAGUGUACGGGUCUGACAAGCGGCUCUGCAGAGGUGAAGAUGGAACAGAUCGUUCACAGUCCCCAGACGCGAGAGGACCCGAGCAUUUUUUUUGACGAGGAUAGCAAUCACAUUUUCCCAGUGGAGCAGUUCUUUGGGAACCUGGAUGUUGUCCAGGAUUACCCACGCAGAACCCCAGGAAGCAAGAGAAUGAGUCGGAGAGAGUACAGGAGCAUGCAUUACUAUGCCAAAGAGGACAGUGAAGAUGAGCGUCCAUGAGCACACGACCGCUCUGAAACCGUAUCAAACUGUCUGCCACAGUUUUGACCUGAAGCCUGCAGGAGUUCGACUGACCUGGGAGGAGUUUUACAGUAUGCUGGUAAAAUGGACUUGAUUGUUUUAAAGCAAGCUAUUUUAUUCCAAGAUCCUUCUCAAUUAUAAUGUUUGAGCUACACUGAAAUGCACUGUGUUGAUUUAUCAGUAAUGUUUUCUUAAAAAUUUUUAAUGAGGUACGUUAUCAAUGGCAACUUUAGACCAUUACAUGUGUGCUGCAUUAAUGGAAUGUACAGUAAGAGGGUUUUGUGCUAGACUUAAGGCUAAAACCAUCAUGUGAUUGGGGCUUGUGCUGAAAGAAAGCUACAAUAUAUAGAAAAGUCUCUUGACACAGUGUACCAUAAGGUUAAUCUGGCAGCGCUGACCAGCACACUGGGUUUUCUACCACUAGUCCUUACUAAGCUUAAAAAAUUAACAAACAUAAAGUUAUCAGUGACAAGUGCCUCAAGUUUGCUAUUAAGACUCUAAAACAUUCUGAAUUUGGCACUUUUAAACCAUCUCUGUUGAGAAUGAAUAGAAAAAAAACUCUUUAUACUUAUGGUAUGGUGCUGUAUAAUUAAAUUAAAGCAUGUUAUUUUUUUCUUAUGUUUUUUGAUAUGCCAAUGAUGUAAAGGUUUUUUUUUUUAUUGAAUAGUAUCUCAAAUUAAGAGGGUUUUAUUUUAAGAUAUGAUAAGUUGUAAUUUUUAACCAAUCAAGCUCUUUUUCGCAUGUUGCUCCACUAGGAAUUUGUCUGUAUAUGAAGAUAUUUGUAUCUUUUUUUGACUGGAUUUGCACUAACUUCACUAGUAGCUCAAAUAUGUAAUAAUUUAAUAUGUAGUUUCUUUGCUACUAUGUACAAAUUGUCUGAGGUAAAAAUUGUGAUUUUGAAGUUUAUAUUUUUCUAUUGAAGUAAAAAAAAAAAUCAAGUGCUAAUUUUGUUACCAAAUGCCUUGUAUGUACAUGCCAUUAUCAAGUCUUCAGUGUAUUAUCAUACAAAAGUACAAUACUCCGUCCAGAGAAAAUAAACCUCAUGAAUGACUUCGGAAAAAUCA